GUCAGAUAUUUGUAGCGUGUAAUGUUGCGCGCUUUCCUGUCAACUAAAAUCAAAACAUAAAACAAAGAACAUCGCACGAAAACGCUCGCCGUGUUUGUUUUUGUCACAAAACAACGCAAAAAAUCUCAUUUUUUUUUCAUUUUAAAUUGUGGAAAUUGAAAAGAAACCUUAAGUUGUCUGGUGUUGUGAGUAUUCCACGAGAAUGGGGGCUAGAAAACUGAAUACCAUCGAAGAUCUAAGUGAAUCGUGGGUCGAGCUCAACUCUGGCGGGAUGCUGAGCGGUGCGGAGAAUGAAUACAUACGUCUACUCAGAGAGGCUCAGAGGGAGAGUCGGGACUCCUCCGUGCGGCACUCGAGAGCGUCCAGCGUCAAGGGAAGUCCAAAAUCGCCACCAAACAGUCCGAAUCUAGAACCGUCUACUGAAGACGAACUUAAAGGGGUCUAUAUCAAUUGUUGGAAGGAUGACUCCAAUGACUGGGUGUGGGAAUGGAGCAGUCGGCCCGACCAGGUGCCUCCGAAGGAUUGGCGCUUUAAACACCCCCAGAGCGCCAGAGGUCCGCCGUCAGCCACGUCCUCCAUAGAGGUGUUGGAGCAGCUCGCGCCGGCUAUGCAACAGAGCCACUGUCUGUCUGUCCGUCGCACGUGUCUGUUCAGCCGUGGCGCGGUCGCCGCUGUGCUCGUUACAAACAUCGUAUCCCUCCUCCUGGGAGCUGGAAUCGGUGUGUGGCUGAGCAAGAAAGGCAUGCUCCCUCCCAGACUCAUCAUUCUCAACUAGGUUCUAAGACUGAAUAUCGACGGUUUAGGUAUAGUUAUGCGAUUAUCGACUUUAUUGUCAUAACAAUAACGAUUCUUAUCGGGAA